AUGACGGACGACGAGCAAUGGAGCGGCAUGGAGAACACGGUUGACGAUCCGGAGGAGACGAGGGUCAUAUUCUGCGCCCUCGACUCGUUUCUCCAAUACGCAAAGGUGGCACACUUCAACGUAACCCACCUCCGCCGCCAAUCCUUCUAUGCCCUGCCCCAGGCGCACUGGCAGAUGCUCGCCGCUCCGCCCUUCAACUUCCUUGAUACCCUGGAGCGCACCGACGAGGCCAUCGAUUCCAACGCCGAGCUCGCCCGCGCCAUCGCCCACAAUGGCCUGCGCUCCUUCCACCUCGUGCCCGAAGGUUCGACCGAAGAACCAAGACUGCCGGACCCCUGGGUCGGCGUCGCAAAGCACGGCGACACCGACAAGGCCCGCAGCACCCUCCGCCAGUUCUUCCGCGACUGGUCCGCCGAGGGCGCCGAGGAGCGCAGGGUAUGCUACGGCCGCGUCCUUGACGCCCUCGACCGCGAGCGCAAGACCCGGUCUUCUUCAUCUCCUUCCGCCCCCGUUGAGCCCCUAAAGGUCUUGGUGCCCGGCGCGGGCCUGGGCCGUCUCGUCUUCGACCUCUGCCGGAACGGCCACGACGCAGAGGGCAACGAGAUAUCCUACCACCAGCUCCUCGCCUCCUCCUACAUCCUCAACUGCACAAAGGCCGCCGGCCAGCACAAAAUCUACCCCUGGGUCCACUCCUUCUCCAACCACCGCACCCGGCAGAACCACCUCCGCAGCUGCGCCGUCCCGGAUAUCCACCCGGCCACAGAGCUCGCGCAGGCGGGGCCCACGGUAGGCAGCAUGUCCAUGUGCGCCGCCGACUUUUUAUGCCUCUACGCAGACGAGGACCACGCCGCCGCCUACGACGCCGUCGCGACAGUCUUCUUCCUCGACACGGCGCCCAACCUCGUGCGCUACCUCGAGACGAUCCACUACGCCCUCCGCCCGGGCGGCGUCCUCGUCAAUUUCGGUCCCCUGCUCUGGCAUUUCGAGAAUAACGCGCCGGGAAACCAUGGCCGGGACACGGACGGCGACGGUGACCACGACGCGAACAACUCGUCGGGCAUCGCGGACCCGGGCAGCUUCGAGCUCAGCGACGACGAGGUCAUGGCGCUGGUCGAGCGGGUCGGCUUCGUCGUCGAGAGGCGCGAGACGGGGAUCCAGGCGCCGUAUAUCCACGACGCGGAGAGUAUGUUACACACCACGUACCGCGCAAGUUUUUGGGUGGCGCGGAAGCCGCUGUAG